UAUUCAUCCCCGUUUCUUGUAGUCUCUGUCUUCUUUCUCGUAGAACUUUUUUGUUUUUUUUUUUUUCUGAUUCUGUCAAGAAGUUCAGUGUAGCUGCAACAAUGGAGGGAGGAGAUGGCGGGCCCUACAAUCGUUGCACUAUCGAGGAGGUCUAUGGGGAUUACGAGGGUCGCCGAACCGGCAUAAUUCAAGCUCUUACAACUGACGUCGAGGAAUUUUAUAAGCGGUGUGAUCCAGACAGAGAGAACUUUUGCUUGUUUGCAUAUCCCAAUGGGCAGUGGGAGGUGACUUUACCUGCUGAAGAUGUGCCUCCUGAGCUCCCAGAGCCUACUCUGGGUAUCAACUUUGCCAGAGAUGGGAUGCCGGCGAAGGACUGGUUGGCUUUGGUUGCUGCCCACAGUGAAGGGUGGUUGCUUUCUGUUGCUUUCUACUUUGCUGCUAGAUUUGGAUUUGAUCGAGAUGAAAGGAAGAUUCUGUUCAACAUGAUAAAUGAUCUGCCUACAGUAUUUGAGAUUGUGACUGGUGCUGGUGCUGGUGCUCCAAAGAAACAACAUAGCGAGAAAUCUGUAAUCACAAAUCAUGGUGGCAGCAAGAUGAAGUCAAGCUCCAAAUUGCGAGCAGCUGAAUCUCAUGCAAGGGCCUUGAAUGUGAACCCCCACUAUGAAGAGGAGGAAUACUACGAUGAAGAGGAGCAUGGUAACACCUUGUGCGGUGCUUGUGGGAAGCACGGUGGAUUGGAUGAAUUCUGGAUUGGCUGUGACAAAUGCGAAAGGUGGUUCCAUGGCAGGUGCGUGAAAGUCACCCCUGCCAAAGCUGAGCACAUGAAGCAGUACAAGUGCCCCGCUUGCAGCAACAAGAGAAUCCGUCCCUGAGGUAGAAAUAUGUUGUGUUACUUACUCCUGCCGAGAAACCAAACUUUAGACCGGCGUGCUUAUUAACUUUGAACAUUUUAUUUCUCCAGAAUCCGACUCUUCAUAUCUUUGAAUUAUAUCAGAUAUUAUCUUUGGUGUUGUAUUCCAA